CCACCAAGAACCAUCUCCUCUCUUCGUUUGGACUGAUUUGGUGGGUGAACAGUAAAUUCGGCGCUGUUUGAUUUCCAGUUCUUAAAGAAGGUAUAACAUUUAUCGGAUUUAUCUGAACAAGUUUUGUGAAAUUGGAGUUUAACGGAGCAUUUUAGCAUUCACUUCAAAAAUAAACCAUUUAAAACAUGGCAGCGACAGCAUUGGCUCAAGAAAAAAUCUGGCUGGACAAGCCAUCCUAUGACAAAGCCGAACGUCUUCACUUUGAGCGUCUCGCCAAGCUUGGGACUUGUUGCAAGGUGGUGUCUGAUAUCAUAACGGAACGAUCCUCGCCUAAUUGUAACGACAUUGUGGCUGCUAAUCCUCGAGAUCCAACAAAUUCCAAUCUCCCAUUAAAGUCCAAAAAGCCUAAAGAGAACAAAUCGCUGGUUCAGGACAACGGAUCACAAGGCAGUGCUAAGCACUCCAAGUGUCAUGGCAAAAGUGCUAAGGCGGCCAAGAAGGUGGAGGAACACGUAGCGAAACAGACUGAUACGGCUGUGAAAAUUGAUAAUCAAGUAGAUGUUAAAGACAAGGAGGUGAUAACGAGUGGAAACGCGACUGAGAAAUAUAAGCCGAAGGAGGUGAAGGAGAAAAAGAAUAAGGCGGACAAGAAGCACAGAAAGCAGGAAGAGGAAAAGAAUAAUACGAUAAAGCAAAUAGAGCAACUCCCAAUAACGAAUCAGCAGGGAACCCAACAGUCCACUUGCCCAAUCUUACCCGCCAGUGGAAGUUUAGCCAACGAGGUCGCCAAGGCACGUCAACACAUUAAACAGUCUUUACAGUGUAUGGAUGGUAUCGCUGCUCUUGCUGGAGGUUCCAACCAGGAGGUCAUGUCACGUGUUUCCGCCCUUGAAAAGGAGAAUCAGGACCUCAGGAAUAUGUAUCAGGAAUUAAAGAUCCUUGUGGAACAAUUGGGUGGACGUGUGGUAACUCUUGAGGAAAAAACGGCUUUGCCAUCCGCACCUGUAGUUGCGGUUUGUCCACCAAAUCCUGCUGCAUCGGCAACCAAACCCCAGGCCAAGGACGCUGACGAUGACGUUGAUCUUUUUGGUUCAGACUCAGAGGGCGAAGACGCCGAAGCAGCUAAAAUUCGUGAGGAGCGCAUUGCCGCGUAUGCUGCUAAAAAAUCCAAGAAACCUGCUUUGAUCGCCAAGUCAAAUAUUAUCUUGGACGUCAAGCCAUGGGAUGAUGAGACCGAUAUGAAACUCUUGGAAACGGAAGUACGGAAAAUUGAGGCUGAUGGACUUCUAUGGGGUGCUGCCAAAUUGGUGCCACUUGCAUUUGGCAUUCACAAGCUUCAAAUUUCCUGUGUUGUGGAGGACGAGAAGAUAUCAGUGGAUUGGCUCACCGAGAAAAUACAGGAAUUGGAAGAUUUCGUUCAGAGCGUCGAUAUUGCUGCGUUUAACAAAGUUUAAAAUUUUCUAUGUCAAGCAAAAGUUUACAACAACAAUUUUAGCUGCAAUUUAAGAAUGGUCUUACAGUGCCAUUAUCUUCAUUCCAUUAGUAAUAUUCAUCAUAGUACACCAUAAAUGUCACGUGCGUCAAAUUUAUGUACUUUCUCCAAAUUAUAAAGGAGGUGGGAAUGCCUCUCUGACUAAAUUUGCAAAAUUAUAUCAUUUUCAAAUUUAUGCAGAAGCCUAGACGCUUUCAGAAUAUGUACUUGGAAUAUAGAAGUGGAAGUGAAAUAUAGUAAAUUGCAACAUUAUUUCUAAUCAAUCGAACGUGUAGGAAUGACAGGAACAUAUAUAAUAUAAAAGACAGUACACUCGACGUAACUAUACUAUAAUUCAUAAAAAUUAAAUAUUGAUUGUGCUUCUAUACCAACUUAUGAAAUAUGAGCAUAUUUGUACACUAUUUUUAGAUGUGGAAUUCGCAUAAGAAAUGAACUCGGCUAUCAACUUUGUCUCCUAUGAUUAUUAUUGUUGUCAAAUAAAAAUUCUUUUGAUCCAAAA